AUGUCGUGUGGAUCGUGUGGUAGUGGAGGUCGUGGCUCAACUUCAAAUUUGGACCCUCCAGUUGACGGGCUUCAGUGCUUGCAUAGAGUCCAACCAGAUUUCUUGACCUCGAACACUGAUACGAAUCCGGCUAGGAGGUAUCAUCGAUGUCCUCACAGAAAUACUGCACGUGAUUGUAAAUUUUUCGUUUGGCAUGAUGCUGAAUUACCACCAUUUCAGAAAGCCUAUUUUUUGAAGUUGAAGAAUCAAAAAAAUUUGUUGGAGGAACAAUUAAAAUGCAAGGAUAUUGUUGAAAAGCAACUCAAUGAAAAGCUUCAGAUUAAAAAAAAACAAGUUGCAGCAGUUGAAGAGGAAAAUUGA